CCCAUCUUUCCUUACCUCUCUAAAUCCUGAAAUUUACCGAUUCUUGGAAAAUGGGGGGCUGUCGUCAUCUCGGGAAACUUUUCUUGGCCCUGAUAUCUGUGGGGGCGUUGGUCGGCGGCGGCGGUGCUCAGCCACUGGUUCCGGCCAUUAUGGGCUUCGGAGACUCCUCUGUUGAUACUGGAAACAAUGAUUACAUUCACACAAUCUUCAAGGCCAAUUACCCCCCUUAUGGUAGAGAUUUCGCUAAUCAUGAGCCCACCGGAAGGUUCUGCAAUGGGAAACUAGCCACUGAUAUUACAGCUGACACUUUGGGGUUCACUAAAUAUCCGGCGGCAUACCUUAGCCCACAAGCAUCAGGGAAGAACCUUCUGAUUGGCGCCAAUUUUGCCUCAGCUGGAUCUGGCUAUGAUGAUAAAACUGCAUACCUUAGUCAUGCAAUUCCACUGUCUCAGCAGCUGCAGUAUUUCAAGGAGUACCAAAGUAAGCUAGUAAGUGUGGCAGGCAGCACCAAGGCUUCUUCUAUCAUUAAGGAAGCUCUCUAUGUUGUGGGAGCUGGAAACAGUGACUUCUUGCAGAAUUACUAUAUCAACCCUUACAUCAAUAAAGUCUUAUCUGCUGACCAAUAUGGAUCCUAUCUAGUUGAUAUUUUCAGCAAGUUUGUCCAGGAUUUGUAUGGAUUGGGAGCGAGGAAAAUUGGUGUGACUUCACUGCCCCCAUUGGGAUGUCUUCCAGCAGCAAGAAACUUAUUUGGUUUUCAUCAAAGUGGAUGUGUUGAUUAUAUCAACCAGAACGCGCAGAAAUUCAACAGUAAAGUGAAUGCAGCAGCAACACAGCUUAAGAAGAGCCUUCCUGGGCUCAAGCUCGUUGUCUUCGACAUCUACAAGCCCCUCUACGAUCUAGUCAAAUCCCCUUCAAGUGCCGGUUUUAUUGAAGCCGCAAGAGGGUGCUGCGGGACAGGCACAGUGGAGACCUCAGUGUUGUUGUGCAACUCCAAGUCACCGGGGACUUGCAGCAACGCAACUCAAUACGUGUUUUGGGACAGCGUCCAUCCUUCUGAGGCCGCCAAUCAGGUCUUGGCAGACGCAUUGAUCACCCAAGGCAUUGAACUCAUUGGCUGAGUUGCCCUACUUUGUGUGCAUUCAAGUUAAAGCUACCACUUUUAGUGCUUUUAUUUACUCUUAUGUUUGUUUUUUAUUCAUAUAAAAGAUCACAUGUC